AUGAUAACAUCGGUGAGGAACAGUGUGGAGUUCCUCUGGUUCUCCUACUCCACUCCGACUCCAAAGAAUGGUGCACAGAUCUUCACCCUCCUGCUCUGCUGCCUUGCCAUCUCCACUGUUACGGGUGCACUGCUCUUCUACUGGCUCAAUGGGCUUCUGAUGUAUGAAAUGCAGCCUGCAGCCAUCAUUGCAGGCAUCUAUGCAGGGGUCAUAGCCAUCCUUUUGUUUCUUGUUCACCCUUUCCGCUGUGCCUUCACACUGAUGUUUCCAACACUGGGCACCAGACAAGGACGAAAACUCGUCCUGUCCAUGUGUGCAAUGAUUGUGGCACUUUAUGUCCUGCCUAACAUUGUCACGAAUAUAACUACUAUUACACAUCUCAUGAAAUGCAUGUCUGAGAACCUUGCUCACAGUCUCCUCAACUCAUUAGAUCUAGACCUAAGCAAGAACAUGACCACUGAACUUCAAAAGACUAAAGAUAAAAUGUUCAUGGAUGUGCCGCAUGUACAAAUCUUUGACCACUCCACGGAUGUCAAUGUUCUGACGCUAAGAGAGCGUUUGAGGACCUUAAGCGAAGACGUAGAGGAGGACUUUUCAAAAGUCAAACAGCAAUUAGAGGAAGUCAGACUGCUCACAAGCAGAAUACUUGCUACUAUUUUUGUGUUAUAUCUUCUCAUGGAAUCCACCAUGUACCUAAAGUUAUACUUGACAUCAGUGAGGUUUGAUAAUAUCUACGUCACAGGGCUGCUGCGAAAUACGGCAGCUGAUAUAGGGAUUCACGUUGAAGCCAAGGACGUGAAAAACGGCAUGAACUCCACCAGCUUUAAAUUGGCAAAAAGAGAACUGAUCAAGUGUUUAACUCCCAUUCUACUCAUCACACUUUAUCUUUUGAUGACCACCAUUCUGAUACUGCUCGACUACAUUGUACAUUACCUUGUUAUAACAGCUAGGCCUUGGCUUAUGGACAUCCCAUCGACUGAUAUUACCAUACAGAUGGAUUUUAAGGUUGAAUAUCUUUAUUCCAUCUGUGAAAUUUUUAGGAUCUGCAAGCAGCAGGUGCUGGUGGAUGUGAGCAAAGAAUACCAUGUCACUGUCAGCUCUGACACAUCCCAGUGUGAGGCCAGGCCAAGCGAGUUGAAGCCAGGUGUGCUUGUCCUGCUGGGUCUGCUCUACCUUCUUGCCUACUGCCUCGCCAUCCUGCAGGCCUAUGCCCAACGCCUCCACAGGAAAGUGGCCUCCUCUUUCUUCCCGCAGCAGGAAGAGAAAAGAAUUAGGUUUCUUAUCCAGAAGAUCCAGAAGAAGCGACAGAAGAGGCUGAAUGCAGAAGCGGAACCCAAAAGUGUGGAGGAAAAGAUGAGAGGGAAUAAUAGGUAGACUUCAGGACAGCUAAUGCAAAUUUUAUAGGCUUCAAGAGACCAACAAAGAGAAGUCAGGAAAAGUGAGAUUAGAUCUACGAAUAAAGCCAGGCAUCAGAUUUUAAGUGCAGUCUCACUGAAAUUUAA